AUGCAAAUCUCCCCGAAUGAAGACAAGAUCUCAGUCGCGGGUUCAAUUUCAAACCAUCAGUGCAACGGAGAAGGCCUUUGCUUCUCUGAUGGCCAACGUAAAGUUGACUAUGUUCUGGUCUUCCAUCAGAGGCGGCACAGCUCCGUAAGAUCUUCUGCCAGCACCUCAAUGUCACAAGACCAAUUAUCUAUUGUUUCCAACGGCAACUUUCCCCAGUUGGUGGGCUCGGAUGUGGCAGCAGGAAAAGGAGGGGGCAUGCCAGGAGGGGAGGCUGUGAGUGUCGGUGAAGUGUUCAUGGAGCUUGGAUCUGCAGGAGGGAACGAGCCAACGGACACAGGUGACCAUGAGAUGUGUCUGAUCAGACAAGAGUUUGAGGCCAACUUGCUGGAGGCUGGCCUGGAGCUAGAGAGAGACAGUGAGUUAAAGGCCCAUGGCCCCAGCUUUACUCGUCUCCAUGCGCCCUGGCCGGUACUCUGUCGAGAGGCUGAGUUUCUCAAGAUUAAAGUCCCCACCAAAACGAGUUACGAACUUAAAGAGGAAAGUGGUUUUGGGUCCAGGAUGAGCGCAGUGUGGAGGAAACUAAAUCAGCCUUUUCAGCCCAAAGUACCACAUCAGGACCACGGAUGCACCAAAUUUCUCUCAGACUGCUUCUCAAGGGACAAACUCCACCUUUACAACAUCACAUCUAAAGAAACAUUCUUUGACAAUGCUACAAGGGGUCGAAUAGUGUACGAGAUUCUGAGACGAACAGUGUGUGUACGAACCUGUCAAACCAUAGGCAUCAGCACUUUGAUAGCUAAAGGCGUGUAUGAUGCUGCCUUCCCUCUUCACGAUGGUGACUAUAGGGUUAUUGGACACUUUGAGGAGAGGAACGACAGACAGGUUCUGCAUGAAGAGUGGGCCAGAUACUCAGCCUUUUACAAGUACCAGCCCAUUGAUCUUGUCAGGAAGUACUUUGGGGAGAAGAUCGGCCUGUACUUCGCAUGGCUUGGUGUUUACACUCAGCUGCUCAUACCAGCCUCCAUAGUGGGGAUCAUUGUGUUUGGCUACGGAGUGGCGACAGUGGAUACUAACAUACCCAGCCUGGAGAUGUGUGACAAGCAUCUCAAUUUCACCAUGUGUCCUCUGUGUGACGGAGCCUGUGACUUCUGGCAGCUCAGCACUGCCUGCAGCACCGCCAGAGCUUCACACCUCUUCGACAAUCCUGCCACUGUAUUCUUUGCCAUUUUCAUGUCUCUGUGGGCGGUGCUGUUCCUGGAGCACUGGAAGCGUCGUCAGAUCAGUUUGAGCUUCAGCUGGGAUCUGACAGGCAUAGAGGAGGACGAGGAACAUCCUAGACCAAGAUAUGAGACCAUCCUUCUUCAGAAGAGACAAAGGAAGCAGAAAAAUAAGAAAAAGAAUGAGCCAGAGAAGAUGGAGGAUGGGACAGUGACAGGGAAGGACAGAUGGAAACAAAAACUACUGUCUGCCAUGACUGCAGGAAUACCGACUGCGACAGAGAAGUUGACCUGGAAGGACCGUCUUCCUGGAUACUUCGUCAAUGUCUCCUCUAUCCUCUUUAUGUUUGGGCUGACAUUUUCAGCAGUUUUUGGGGUAAUUGUCUACCGCAUCACAGUGUCAGCCCUGAUGGCAAUGAGCCCUGACCCGGAGACCAAGUCCAAUGUUCGGGUGACAGUGACAGCCACUGCAGUCAUCAUUAACUUAGUGGUUAUUCUGAUCCUUGAUGAAAUCUACGGAGCUAUGGCAGUGUGGCUGACUGAGCUAGAGAUUCCCAAAACAGAAACCAGCUUUGAGGAGCAUCUCAUCCUGAAAGCCUUUUUGCUAAAGUUUAUGAACGCAUAUGCACCCAUCUUUUAUGUGGCUUUCUUCAAGGGACGGUUUGCAGGUCGACCUGGAAAUUACGUGUAUGUCUUUAAUGAUUAUCGGAUGGAAGAGUGUGCCCCAGGAGGCUGCCUCAUUGAGUUGUGUAUUCAGCUUAGCAUCAUCAUGCUGGGGAAACAGCUAAUCCAGAACAACAUCUUUGAAAUCGGCAUCCCGAAGUUGAAGAAGUUGGUGCGUGAAUUGAAGGCUAAAGGAUCAGCAGAAAAGGAGAGAGAGGAGGAAAGGCCUCCACAGCAGUGGAACCUGGACUAUGCCCUGGCUGCCUUUGAAGGCCUCACACCCGAAUACAUGGAGAUGAUCAUCCAGUUUGGUUUUGUGUCUCUGUUCGUGGCUUCAUUUCCGCUCGCUCCUCUCUUUGCCCUGCUCAACAAUGUCAUUGAGAUCAGAUUGGAUGCAAAGAAGUUUGUUACAGAGCUACGCAGGCCAGUAGCCAUACGCGCUAAAGACAUUGGUAUAUGGUACAACAUACUGAGUGGAAUGGGAAAAUUCUCAGUCAUUAUAAAUGCCUUUGUGAUCUCCUUCACAUCAGACUUCAUUCCUCGGCUCGUCUAUCAAUACAUGUACAGUCAGACGGGCACCAUGCAUGGUUUCGUUGACCACACACUCUCCUACUUCAAUGUGUCCAAUUUUAAACCAGGCACGGCACCGCAGAACUCCACAGACAUCACCGUCUGCCGGUACAAAGACUAUAGGGAACCCCCUUGGUCUCCAGAUGCGUACCAGUUCUCCAAACAGUACUGGUGUGUCCUGGCUGCAAGACUGGCUUUUGUCAUACUGUUUCAGAACCUGGUGAUGUUCCUCAGCCUUGUGGUUGCCUGGGUAAUCCCUGACGUCCCCAAAACCAUCAUGGUGCAGCUCAAACAAGAGAAGAAGCUCCUGGUUGAGGUCUUCUUAAGGGAAGAGAAGGAAAAAUUCCAGCUCAUUCAAAGCCUCUUCGCCAAGGACACCAACCUACAGCCAGGUAGCCAUGUGCUCCACCAGGGAAAGGCUUUCCCCAUUCCGGGCCUCUACAGUACUCUACCCUCAGGCCCCACGAAAGCCUUGACUAGAGAUGGAGGAGGAGAGCCAAGGGCCAGGUUUAGGGCCGCCAGCUUCAGCCAGUUCACCAGGAAGAUUCCUCCAUUGCCUAGGAAUGAAAAUGAAAAUUCGAGACACACGGCCGUGUGACAUAACACACAAAUCAGUAGGGCUGCCCCAGCUGGGCCUCAGGACUGUGUUGCUUGGGUGAUUCAGUAGGUAUAUAUCUUUGCCUGUGUUUC